CAUGACCGUAUUUGUAUCCGUGUCCAAUCAACAUCUAUGGGUCCACAUCUCUGUGUCUGUUCAGCAAAAAGUGAAGGGGAAGUGCGAGGGCCCACUACUGUGCAGGGGAAGUGCGAGGGCCCAGUACUGUGCAGGGGAGGAGCAGGGGCCCACUACAGUGCAGGGGAAGUGCGAGGGCCCACUACUGUGCAGGGGAAGUGCGAGGGCCCACUACUGUGCAGGGGAAGUGCGAGGGCCCAGUACUGCGCAGGGGAAGCGCGAGGGCCCACUACUGCGCAGGGGAAGUGCGAGGGCCCACUACUGCGCAGGGGAAGUGCGAGGGCCCAUUACAGUGCAGGGGAAGUGCGAGGGCCCACUACUGUGCAGGGGAAGUGCGAGGGCCCAUUACAGUGCAGGGGAAGUGCGAGGGCCCACUACAGUGCAGGGGAGGAGCAGGGGCCCACUACUGUGCAGGGGAAGUGCGAGGGCCCACUACUGUGCAGGGGAAGUGCGAGGGCCCACUACUGUGCAGGGGAAGUGCGAGGGCCCACUACUGUGCAGGGGAAGUGCGAGGGCCCACUACUGUGCAGGGGAAGUGCGAGGGCCCAGUACUGUGCAGGGGAGGAGCAGGGGCCCACUACAGUGCAGGGGAAGUGCGAGGGCCCACUACUGUGCAGGGGAAGUGCGAGGGCCCACUACUGUGCAGGGGAAGUGCGAGGGCCCACUACUGUGCAGGGGAAGUGCGAGGGCCCACUACUGUGCAGGGGAAGUGCGAGGCCCCAGUACUGUGCAGGGGAGGAGCAGGGGCCCACUACAGUGCAGGGGAAGUGCGAGGGCCCACUACAGUGCAGGGGAAGUGCGAGGGCCCACUACAGUGCAGGGGAAGUGCGAGGGCCCACUACUGUGCAGGGGAAGAGCGAGGGCCCACUACUGUGCAGGGGAAGUGCGAGGGCCCACUACAGUGCAGGGGAAGUGCGAGGGCCCACUACUGUGCAGGGGAGGAGCGAGGGCCCACUACUGUGCAGGGGAAGUGCGAGGGCCCACUACAGUGCAGGGGAAGUGCGAGGGCCCACUACAGUGCAGGGGAAGUGCGAGGGCCCACUACUGUGCAGGGGAAGUGCGAGGGCCCACUACUGUGCAGGGGAAGCGCGAGGGCCCACUACUGUGCAGGGGAAGCGCGAGGGCCCACUACUGUGCAGGGGAAGUGCGAGGGCCCACUACUGUGCAGGGGAAGCGCGAGGGCCCACUACUGCGCAGGGGAAGUGCGAGGGCCCACUACUGUGCAGGGGAGGAGCGAGGGCCCACUACUGUGCAGGGGAAGUGCGAGGGCCCACUACUGUGCAGGGGAAGUGCGAGGGCCCACUACAGUGCAGGGGAAGUGCGAGGGCCCACUACUGUGCAGGGGAAGUGCGAGGGCCCACUACUGUGCAGGGGAAGUGCGAGGGCCCACUACUGUGCAGGGGAAGUGCGAGGGCCCACUACUGUGCAGGGGAAGUGCGAGGGCCCACUACUGUGCAGGGGAAGAGCGAGGGCCCACUACUGUGCAGGGGAAGUGCGAGGGCCCACUACUGUGCAGGGGAAGUGCGAGGGCCCACUACUGUGCAGGAGAAGUGCGAGGGCCCAGUACUGUGCAGGGGAGGAGCAGGGGCCCACUACAGUGCAGGGGAAGUGCGAGGGCCCACUACAGUGCAGGGGAAGUGCGAGGGCCCACUACAGUGCAGGGGAAGUGCGAGGGCCCACUACUGUGCAGGGGAAGUGCGAGGGCCCAGUACUGUGCAGGGGAAGUGCGAGGGCCCACUACUGUGCAGGGGAAGAGCGAGGGCCCACUACUGUGCAGGGGAAGCGCGAGGGCCCACUACUGCGCAGGGGAAGCGCGAGGGCCCACUACUGCGCAGGGGAAGCUCGAGGGCCCACUACUGUGCAGGGGAAGCUCGAGGGCCCACUACUGUGCAGGGGAAGCGCGAGGGCCCACUACUGUGCAGGGGAAGAGCGAGGGCCCACUACUGUGCAGGGGAAGCGCGAGGGCCCACUACUGUGCAGGGGAAGCGCGAGGGCCCACUACUGUGCAGGGGAAGCUCGAGGGCCCACUACUGCGCAGGGGAAGCGCGAGGGCCCACUACUGCGCAGGGGAAGCGCGAGGGCCCACUACUGCGCAGGGGAAGCGCGAGGGCCCACUACUGCGCAGGGGAAGUGCGAGGGCCCACUACUGUGCAGGGGAAGUGCGAGGGCCCAGUACUGUGCAGGGGAAGUGCGAGGGCCCACUACUGUGCAGGGGAAGAGCGAGGGCCCACUACUGCGCAGGGGAAGCGCGAGGGCCCACUACUGCGCAGGGGAAGCGCGAGGGCCCACUACUGCGCAGGGGAAGCUCGAGGGCCCACUACUGCGCAGGGGAAGCUCGAGGGCCCACUACUGUGCAGGGGAAGCGCGAGGGCCCACUACUGUGCAGGGGAAGAGCGAGGGCCCACUACUGUGCAGGGGAAGCGCGAGGGCCCACUACUGCGCAGGGGAAGCGCGAGGGCCCACUACUGCGCAGGGGAAGCGCGAGGGCCCACUACUGCGCAGGGGAAGCGCGAGGGCCCACUACUGCGCAGGGGAAGCGCGAGGGCCCACUACUGCGCAGGGGAAGCGCGAGGGCCCACUACUGUGCAGGGGAAGCGCGAGGGCCCACUACUGUGCAGGGGAAGCGCGAGGGCCCACUACUGUGCAGGGGAAGUGCGAGGGCCCACUACUGUGCAGGGGAAGUGCGAGGGCCCACUACUGUGCAGGGGAAGUGCGAGGGCCCACUACUGUGCAGGGGAAGUGCGAGGGCCCACUACUGUGCAGGGGAAGUGCGAGGGCCCACUACUGUGCAGGGGAAGUGCGAGGGCCCACUACUGUGCAGGGGAGGAGCGAGGGCCCAUUAUGGUGCAGGAGAAGAGCCAGGGCCCACUACAGUGCAGGGGAGGAGGGAGGGCCCACUACAGUGAACAGGAUGAGUGAGGGCCCACUACAGUGAAGGGGCAAUGUGAGGGUCCACUACUGUGCAAGGGAGGAGGAAGGGCCCAUUACGGUGCAGGAGAAGAGUGAGGGCCUUCUACGGUAAAGGGGAAGAGCGAGGGUCCUCUACGAUGCAGGGGAAGAGCGAGGGUCCUCUACGAUGCAGGGGAAGAGCGAUGGCCCACUACAGUGCACGGGAGGAGCGAGGGUCCUCUACAGUCAAGAGGCAAUGUGAGGGUCCACUACUGUGCACGAGAAGAGCGAGGGCCCACUACAGUGCACAGGAGAAACAAGGGCCCACAAUGGUGCAGGGUAGGAGCAAGGGUUCUCCAUGGUGCAGGGGAAGAGCGAGGGUCCCCCAUGGUGCAGGGUAGGAGCAAGGGUUCUCCAUGGUGCAGGGGAAGAGCGAGGGUCCCCCAUGGUGCAGGGUAGGAGCAAGGGUUCUCCAUGGUGCAGGGGAAGAGCGAGGGUCCCCCAUGGUGCAGGGGAAGAGCAAGGGUUCUCCAUGGUGCAGGGGAAGAGCGAUGGUCCCCCAUGGUGCAGGGGAAGAGUGAGGGUCCCCCAUGGUGCAGGGGAAGAGCGAUGGUCCCCCAUGGUGCAGGGGAAGAGCGAGGGUCCCCCAUGGUGCAGGGGAAGAGCGAGGGUCCCCCAUGGUGCAGGGGGGGAGCGAGGGUCCCCCAUGGUGCAGGGGGGGAGCGAGGGUCCCCCAUGGUGCAGGGGGGGAGCGAGGGUCCUCCAUGGUGCAGGGGGGGAGCGAGGGCCCUCUAUGGUGCAGGGGAGGAGCGAGGGCCCUCCACGGUGCGGGGAAAGAGCGAGAGUCCACUAAAGUGGAGAGGAAGGGUGAGGGUCUACUACAUUGGGGGGGAAAGUCCAUUGCAGAGAGGGGGGGGGGGGUAUCUCCUAUACUUGGCAAAGACAGGAAGAUCUGAAUGUUUGUUCUUUCUGAAGGCUCAUCCAGGAGCAACAUGGCUGCAUACACCUGAAAUAUCCAAGAGC